AUGACAUCACAAGAACGCCUUGAAUUGCGUGCCAACAUAAAGUUCUGCAUGGAAUUAGGUGAAACGCCUACCGACACAUAUAAAAAGCUGCAGAGGAUCAGAGGAGAGAAUGCUGUUUUUCGAGCACUCGUUUUUAAGUGGUUCCGGCGAUUCUUUGAAGGGCGGAAGUCACUUGAAGAUGAUGAAGGGUGUGGAAGAAGGUCGAGCGUCAAGCCGUCAGAUGUGACGUCAAUUGAAGAUAUUAUCAAGGAGGACGCAAGAGUGACCGUUCGAGAGAUAUCAGAAGUAACUGGGAUGAGCUAUGGUAUCACCAAGAAAUUGAACAUGCGAAAG